AUGGAUCUUGCAGUUGAAGAUAAAAAUGAAGAGUUGCAGCAUCAAGACGAGCAGGGUGAAUGUGAUGAUUUUCAGGAAGUAAAGGACUCAAAAAAUCGCCGACUGUUGAAAAUCGGUGGGGCAAUAGCCAUUACUGUUAUUUUACUGAUCUCGAUCAUCGUUCCCUGCGCCGUUCUUCUUGGCGACAGUGAACCAGCGACGACUGCUCCAGCUCCAACAACAUCCUCUAAUGUACCAAAUUCAACUUCGACGAUGUCGACAAUAACUCCAACAAAAUCAACAACGACGCCAACAACGGCGCGAACAACGACAACAACGACAAAAUCAAUAUCUGAAAAUCUCACGACAAAGAGAUUCAACACGACAGAGAAUUUUGAGACAACAGGAUCAGAAACAAAUUUGUUUCAAACAACAGCUCAACUUCCUCUUCCGGAUGUAAAUCAGUGCAUCGACUUCUGUGGUCGGCUCUCUGAAUUAGACUCAUGCGAUGGCGGAUUAGGUCCGGAAGAUGUUUCCAUUUGUCCAUCGAGAGAUCAUGACUGUUUCGCUUGCUCUCAAGGCUGCUUUUUCGCGUUGAAUGGACUUGGACCGAACAUUUGUGCCGAAAUUCUAGCUGGUCAUGAAAGUCAAGAGAUACAACACCUUUGCAACGGGCUCGGCUGUUUUGAUUCAUGA